UUUAUGGAGAUCCAAUUUUUUUAAAAGUGCUGACGCCACCGCGUAGGACGGGCCCUAAAACCGUGAUCUAGGAGCGCCUCUCUCACUUCUGACUUCCGCUUCCUUCAAGUAAGGAGUCGGGGUCUCCCCCGUUUUUCUCACCAGGUGGCGACGGCGGCGGUUUGCGAUGUUUGGCCUCCAGAGAAACGCAGUAAUUGGACUCAACCUCUACUGUGGCGGGGCCGGGUUGGGGGCUGGCAGUGGCAGCGCCACCAGGCUGCUAUUCUUCGCGCCCUCCCGCCGCGCGUCGCCGCCUGAAGAGAUGGAAUCCCCGGCCUCCGACGCCAUAAUGUCGCCCGAAGAGGAGCUGGACGGCUACGAGCCGGAGCCUCUCUCGAAGCGGCCGGCCGUCCUGCCCUUGCUGGAGCUGGUCGGGGAGGCCAGUAGUGGCCCCUGCACGGACGGCUCACUUCCCUCGACGCCUCCCCCCGCAGAGGAGGAGGAGGACGAGUUGUACCGGCAGUCACUGGAGAUUAUCUCUCGGUACCUUCGGGAGCAGGCCACCGGCGCCAAGGACGCGAAGGCAGUGGGCGGGUCUGGGAGCGCCAUCCGGAAGGCGUUAGAGACCCUACGACGGGUCGGGGACGGUGUGCAGCGCAACCACGAGACGGCCUUCCAAGGCAUGCUUCGGAAACUGGACAUCAAAAACGAAGAUGAUGUCAAAUCUUUGUCUCGAGUGAUGGUUCAUGUUUUCAGUGACGGAGUAACAAACUGGGGCAGGAUUGUGACUCUUAUUUCUUUUGGUGCCUUUGUGGCCAAACACUUGAAGAGUAUAAACCAAGAAAGCUGCAUCGAACCAUUGGCAGAAAGCAUCACAGAUGUUCUCGUAAGGACAAAACGAGACUGGCUAGUCAAACAAAGAGGCUGGGAUGGGUUUGUGGAGUUCUUCCAUGUAGAGGACCUAGAAGGUGGCAUCAGAAAUGUGCUGCUGGCUUUUGCAGGUGUUGCUGGAGUAGGAGCUGGUUUGGCAUAUCUAAUAAGAUAGCCUUUUAAGUGCAAUAAUUGGCUCGACCAACUUCAGCCACCAAAACCAUAUGCAUCUGCUGUGAAAUCAAAUGUAUUUAUGAAUUGGACUUCAAGCUGUCCAAGCUGUAACCUCCACAAGUUCUUCUCUAGCAAGGGAGAAAAACAAGUGGCAGGAGGAUUGUGGCUAAAAGAAAUAAAUACAUGGGAAAAGUAAUCCCCUCUCUCACUGUCUGAAGGAAGCCGAGCUUGUUUUCGGCAACAGGCAAACUUAAGGAGGCCAUGGAAGAGGACUUUUAGUUUUAGUGACGAUGAUAAAAGUGGAGAGACUAUCUUGCCUAGAACAGGAAAGUGGCCAGUAGCCGGGGUAGUCACAGAGUUCAUUAAAUAUGCCCAUUGAAUUCAUUAACUUUUUAUAGAGUUAAAAGAGAAGCACUAACAACGCCAGUGGUGUGUGCACAAUGGAUUUAAGCUACAAGUGAUGGAACUAUGACUAGAAGCCUCAGUACUGUACAACAGUCAGGGGAAGCUGUUUCCUCUGUUUGCUUUCCCAGGUGUACUUCCUGAAGAAUAGAAAGUCCAAGUGCUCAGGACGUUUAUACCUGUUCAGAUUUGACUUGUUUUGCGUGGUUCUUGGUCUGUUAGCCUAGUGUGAUGGCCAGGAACUUGAUAAGGCUCAAUUACAGUUAUGAAUUAGGAUUAUCCUCAGUUUUUAAGACAAAAACUUGUAAAUGUAUUUGUCUGUAAAAAUUGUAUAUUUUACAGAAAAUUAUUUGAAAUGUAAAGAGGGGAAAGUGGAAUUUAGUUUUUUCAUACCCUUGGAAAUUUACAACUUCUGUAGUUAGGAACCUAUUUCUUACAGCUUUUCUAUUGUAAACUUUGUUCUAGUCCUAGAUUGUAUACAAAACCAACUGAUGUAAUUGUAUGCAACCUGGUUGUAGUGGAACAAUUCUGAUUUAUAACUAUGCAGGAUUUAAUUUUUCCUAUCUCAUUUUGGUAAGUAUUCCUUAGAUAGGUUUUGGGGCAGAGCGGGGUUUUGGUUUCGAUUUUUUUUUUUUAACCUGAGACUGAGAAAUUGAGGAAUAGAAAUUAAUCCUUCAUUAUAUGUGGAUUGUCAAAAAUUGAGUCAAGGCAGAGUUGUAUUUGGGGAGUGGGGCACACAGGCUGAUGACUUAAAAAUAAUGGGCUCUGAUUGGGCAACUACUCAUUUGAGUUCCUUUCAUUUGACCUCGUUUAAUUGGUGAAAUUUAAACUGAGCUCAUGAGCUAAUCUUCAAAGCUUUUGCUAAAGGAUUUUCAGCUGUUCCAAGUGGGACUUAUUAGCAGUAUAUAUAAAAAGAUCAUAUCAGGUGGAUGAGAGACAUUUGAUCCCUUAUUUGCUUAAUAAAUUGUAAAAUGAUGGCUUGGAAAAGCAGGCCAUAGUCUAAUAACCAUGGUGCUAUUAUUAGGCUUGCUUGUUAAGCACGGGUCUAAGCCUAGUAUAUUAAUAAAACAAGUACUUCAUUUCUGUUAAUGAUUUUUAAGCUUUGUCUCAAAUUUUUGUAUUACAUUGGCAUCUCUUGUGGAUUUAAGACUUGAUGUUUUAUCAUACUUACCGUUUGCUUCCUAUCCUUCCUUGAAAUUUCUUGCUGCUUGUUCUGCUUCCUCUGCAGUUACUCAUAUAUAUUGGUUUCUACAGAUUUACCAAGCCAUCCAUGAACUCUUACUAGCCCUUUUAGUUUUGGCACUAGGAACCUAAGUGGCGACCCUAGAGUUCAGACUUCCAUCCUUCUUGAAUUUUGUCCUCAGGAGGUGGUUGUACGAUGGGUGCUGACAGUAACAGUCAUGACGUAAGAAGAGUCCCUUUUCCUUGACUGAUACCUUUUUGGUUGUUGCUUUAUCCUGUCUUGGGGAGAAAAUUUCAAAAGUCCUGUUAGGGAUUUUCAGAAUAGAGAACAACGUCUUAACCUCUCAAGUUCCUUUGCAUUUAAAUGUGCUCACUGAAAGUUGUAAAAAUUGGUGGGCUCUAGUAGACCUCAGUUACAUAAAAGCUACUGGUAAGCUGAAGAAAGCUUCCAUAGAGGAACUAGGGUCAUUUGAAAGCUUCAGCCUCCGAGUGUGACCUUUAGUAUGUGGACGCCAGACACAAAUAGGCGUGAAUAAAAUGACUAAGAAUGUAAUAGGGAAGAAUUGCCCUGCCCGCCCAUCUCCGAGCCAUAAGGUCAUCUAGCUAGAGCUAUUUUUACCUGUGUAUUUAUCGUUCUUGAUCAUAGACCACUUAUUUAUAUCAUGUCUGUCUCUAAGGACCUAAAAGCACUUUAUGUAGUUAAUAAAUCUUAAGAUCUGGUUACGUGACUAAAAGGCCUGUCUCCCCAUAGCCAGUUGUGGAAUUAAGUGCAGAGAUGUAGAUUGGUGGAGUUUAGGGGCCCCAUUUCCCAGUUUACUAGGUAUGACUGCUGAAAUGUAGAUGAGGAUCUUAGGUGAUAUUUUGGGUCAGGGGCUGUGAGGGCUUAGGGAGCCCAAGUGCUCUAGGGGGGAGAGUGGGUGGUUCUGUAGGGAGAGGAGGCAUGUGUUCUUAAGUGCUGACUAGCUGCAUAGUUCAGGCAAAUCCUCCAACAUGGAAAGGGAGGAGGGGCUGCUUGGAAAGAUGGCUUGCUCAGCAACUUCUUUCUGAUGCUUCUCUCAGGGAGAAACCUGCAGUCCUCUAGUGUCGUCCGUGCACAUUCUAUUGGGGGUAAACACCUUGGUUCUGGUUAAACAGCUAACGCUGUUGACAGCUGUGCCAGGAAGGGUUAGGACCAACUACAAAUUACUGUGGGCUGUAAAUGUGUGUUUCCCUAACUUCCUGUUUUUCCUGAGAAGAAAAUAAAUCUUUUAUUCAAAUACAA